CUUCCCUUGACCCGUUACCAUGUUUAGUUUUAACUUAUAUCUCGCGAGAUCUAUCACCGCACAUGUGUAAACUGUGGAAAAACUUUUUACUUCCAUUUUAAUUUUUUUCUUAGAAGAAGAUGAUGAAUUAUGCAGAGAAAACAUAAAUUAUUAGCAUAAUUUCAUUUUGAAUCAACUAAAACUUACUUUUUAUUCCCAUCCUCCAAAGAUUCAUCGAAGAUUCUUUGUAAUAAAAGCUUAUUUUUCAGGAUAAAAUUUACGUCUGCUUUGUUUACAUUUCCUCAAUGAAAGUCACGUGAUGUGACAAAUAACUUGGUGUGACGUCACAAGGGCAUUCCAAAAUGGCCGAUAUCUAACUGACAUGUGCUGUUUUUCUGUUAGUUUCUUUUUAUAACUUGGAAAACUAUUCUGAAAAUAUUGCAUGGAUUGAAAGGAAUAGGAACAUUUAUUAAGGAAACUUGAAAAUCUAAGUAUGGAUGAAUUUAUGAGUGGGGGCUUUGAAUCGAGUAGCAGUGAAUCAGACAAACUCUCAAAGAAGGCACUGUCAAAGUCAGCCAGAAGAAGGCAAAAGAAAAAUGCCAAGAAAAUUGCAGAGAAUACAGGCAAAGAAAAGCCAAAAGGUGUGAUAUCUAAACAUAAAAUGUCCCUAGAAAAGUUGAAGGACCAGGAUCCGGAAUUUUUUGAGUUCUUGAAAGAUGAAGAUGAAUCUCUGCUGAAGUUUGAUGAUAUUUCUGGCUCUGAUGUUUCUGACACAAGUGAUGAUGAUGAUACCAGUAAGUCUGAUGAACCAGUUAUCAACAGUGAAGGUGAGGAUGAUGAAGAUGAUGAUGAGGAAGACUUUCCUAUGUCAUCGGAUGAGGAAAUUUCACCAGCAAAAAUUACCAAAUUUCUAGAAAAGAAAAAUAAGAAGGAAAUUGAAGAACUUAAAAAGAAAGCAAUGGAAAGUGCUGUCCCGAAACAAAAACAGAAAAAUGUGAAAAGUUUUUCAGACAGUGAUGAUAAAAAUUUGACUAAACUUAAGGAAAAAACAAAAAAGAUAUUAGAUAUUGGUAAUGAAAUGGAAGAGAAAAGUAAAGUUGAAAAAGACUUGAAGCAAAAGAAGUCUGAAAAAACAAAGCCUUCCAUAAAAACUGACAAGAAAUUGAAAGAUUUGAAAAAGAAAACAGCCAAAGAAAGCAGUAGUGAAGACAGUGAUGAUGAGAGUGAUGAAAAAGAUGAUGAUGAUAUUGAUGAAGAUAUGGAUGUCAGUGAUGAGGAAGAUAGUGCUGAAGACAAUAUUGAUGAUGAAUUUGACAUGGAAGCUUCUGAUGACUCAGAUGAAGAGGGAUUACAUAAACCUCCAGCUGAGUUAGAGGUAAUGAGUGACAGUGAUGAUGAUGAUGAUGAUGGAGUUGAUGAUGUUAAGGCAGAAAAGAAAUCUGGAGGAAAAAUAUCUGUCACUAUGGCAAUGAUCAAAGAAUGGACACACAGAUUCAAGGAUAAGCCGUCUUUUGCAUUAAUCCAUGAAGCAGUUUAUGCAUUCAAAGCAGCAGUUCAGCACACAGCAGUGAAUGCAGUGUCCACAAAGUACAAGGUUGAAGGCAGUAAAGUAUAUAAUGCUGUGGUAAGGAUGUGCCUUAUAGAGCUGCCAGGUGCCUUACAGUCUCACCUUGACCUUCCCAAAACUACUGACCUUCAGAAACCUGUACUGCCUAACAGUAAAAACCAGCGCUGGAAGAAAGUGCGGCUUGAUGUGAAGUCAUACCUAGCGGAUGUUUUGAAGUUGAUGAGUGAUUUGUCGGAAGCAAAUAUGGUGAAUGUUCUGCUGAAGCAUGUACACAAACUGGUUGCUUAUUACGCAACCUUCCCAAAACUCACCAAAACUGUGUUAAAAAAAUGUGUAGCCAUAUGGAGCUCAGGAGAAGAGACAUCAAGAGUUUUGGCUUUUCUGUGCAUCAACAGAUUGAUACGAAUCCAUCAAGACCUGUACCUGGAAAACUCUAUAAAGCAAAUGUACAUGGCUUAUGUGAGGAACUGCAAGUUUACUUCACCAAAUACGUUACCAAUGAUUAACUUUAUGCAAAGGUCAUUUGUGGAAAUACUGGCGUUAGACUUCAGUUUGGCCUACCAGUACGCAUUCAUUUACAUCAGACAGUUGGCAAUACAUCUUAGGAAUGCAAUUACUACAAAGAAAAAGGAGUCGUGUCAAGCUGUGUACAACUGGCAGUUUGUCCAUUGUAUUGGACUGUGGAGCCGGGUGUUGAGUGCAACACAUCCGAAUGAAGUCCUGGAGCCAUUGAUAUAUCCGCUUGUACAGACUAUAAUUGGAACAAUUAAACUUAUACCAACCCCACGUUACUAUCCGCUACGUUUUCACUGUGUUAGAGCAUUAACGCUGAUUUCAAGAUCAACUAAAACUUUUAUUCCCGUUUUGCCGUUUUUAGUAGAGGAAAUACAGAACCCCCGUCGUUGGAAAAACCUUUAUUUCCUCACAGUCUUCGAGCUGACCGAUUUCAACAAGAAACACAAGUCCUUGAGCUUCAAGCCGGUCAACUUUGCCUGUAUUCUCAAAUUUACCAAACCACAACUGCAGGAAAAAUCGUUUAAGGAUGGUGUUAUCGACCAGCUGUAUGAACUGCUCCUGGAACACUUCCAUGCGUACGCACACACGAUCAGUUUCCCAGAACUGGUCUUGCCAGCCCUUCUCCAGAUGAAAGAGUUCCUGAAGAAGUGCAAGGUGGGAAAUUUUACGAAACAGAUAAAACAGAUCGUGGACAAGGUAGAGGAGAACAGUAAAUUUAUAACAGCUCGACGCCGUACAGCCAGUAUCAGCUUAGCGGACAGAAAUGCAAUUGAUCGCUGGGAGAGCAGCUGCUUGGAAGCCAAGACUCCGUUGGGCAAGUUCUACACAACAUGGCGUAAACUGCGAGACCGUGAACUUAUGCAUCGUAUAGCAGCCGAAGAUGAGGUUGUAACUACAGAGCUGCCGGAAGUGAAACGACCGCAGAAAGGACUACAGAAAGCCACCGACUCAGAAAAGAAAGAGUUCUCCGCAUUGUUUGAUAGUGACAGUGAUGACAAUGAGAUGGAUUUAACAGAAAGUUUCCUGCCACCCGACGAAAAGAAGGCACUUCAGAAGGAGAAGAAUAAGAAAGAAAAAUCUAAAGCAGGAAAAGAUAAAAGUAAAGCGGCAGAAGAUUACAGCAAUGAUGACGAAGACAGUGAUGAUAAUUACGAUGAUUUUGACAGUGAUGAACUUGAACAGCUGGCAGGUUCAGGCUCCGACGACGAUGAUGUGGAGUAUGAUGAUGGAAAACAAAAUACUGGUGAUGACAAUGAUGAUAAAGAUAGCGAUGAUGGUGGUGAAGAAGAAGAAGAAGAGAUGAUGAUGAUAUACCGGAAGGAGAAGAUAUUGUUAAGGAAUUUACCAUGUCCUCUGAUGAAGAUGAUGAUUAAAGAACGAGCUUUAAACGACUUUAUAGUCUAAUGAUAGAUAUUGCAUGCCAUCUUUGACAGUUUGUUCAUAGAAAUCAUGUCCUUUACACCAUCAAAUGCGGGGGAAGUGACAGUUCGUUGCAACAUAUAAGAAGAGCGACCAGGAGCUCUGUUGGACAACUGAAUGCCAUUUAUAACAUGAUACUGUUGAAAACACUGAAAAGCCCUGUUCCGUAUAUUAAACAAAACGAAAUUGUAUAAAUAUGGUCUUUUUAUGAAGACAUACAUGAAAUAAACGUUCAAAGUAGAAAUUCCUUGAUAUAAAUAAAUUCUUUGUUACAUUGUUAAGAGCAAAAGAGUUGAAUGAACUGCACUGUAGUCAAAUAUUUGGGACAAAUAAAUGAAAUGUAAAGAUCA